AAAAAGAAAAAAAAAAAACAAUAAAUUUUACCCCGCCAGAAUGUGAGCCAGCCCAGUGCCAGCAGCGUGAAUGUCCAAACAACUUUUAGCUCACAUAAAAAAAGUAAGUGGAGACCAUUCUUCUAAAAUGCCCCUCCAACCUCCAGCCUCCAGACCUGAAUGGCCUCACUUCUUUUUCUAUAUCUCAUAACCAUCGCUUUAUCAACAAUAACUUUCUUUCCUUUCUUUCCCAAGAAGAACACCAUCUGAAAUCAAAAUAUCACCAAAAUAACCAGCCAUAUUUCGUAUAGAAUACUCGAUCAAUCUUUCGUCACCUUUUUAUUAGGUCCAUUAGUUAUUACCCCCUCCCAAGAUGGCUCAAAAUCCGGAAGAAAUUGCGACUAUGUUCGUUCAAUACUACUAUAACCAGUUCGACCAAGACCGAGCCGGAUUAGCAAGCCUCUACCGUGAUGCCUCCAUGCUGACUUUCGAGUCUGCCUCCUUCAAGGGCACCCCCUCCAUCAUCGAGAAGCUCCAGGGCCUUCCUUUCCAGCAAAUCAAGCACCAAGUCUCCACUAUUGACCUCCAGCCUGGUAUCGCUCCCGGUCACAUUCUGGUCCUCGUUACCGGCCAGCUUCUGGUUGACGAGGAGCAGCGACCCAUGAGCUACACUCAAUCCUUCUACCUAGUUCCUGAGAACUCCCAGUACUACGUCCACAACGACAUCUUCAAGCUCGUCUACGGUUAGAUAUGGAGCAGAGCUAGGCGGAUUCAACGGCCCCCAGGGCCGGAAAAACGACGAGUGUGCGAUUUAACAAGCUAUAAACGCCUGUGGGGGAUGUCGGAGAUGGUCAUUUUCCAUAGACUAGGUACCUCUUAGUUGCAGACUUGCCUUUAAGGUCUUUUUCUGUUUACCGUCAUUCGCCCAUUUUCGGAUCGGUUGCGAAAAGGUUAAUUUAACGAUUGCUUCAUAUCAGG